AUGGGAUCUUUGAAACUGUUUUUGAGCCUUGUGAGCCUUGGAGUGGCUAUUGAUCAGAAUGAACUAGCCCAGUGGGUGCAGUCGGCUUAUGGACUAAAUCUGAGUCCUUCGGAUGCUCAACAAGUAGCGGUGAAGGAAGCACCGGUGUUGACUCAAUGCGACGUGAGCAUCAAUGACCUCAAAAAUUUGAAGGAUACCAUGUAUCAGACCUCAUUGUUAGACCUUCCUAUGGACACGGUGAAGACCAGCAUUUUUGAUCUGGCCGAGCAGCACGUUGAUGUCAACGAGCUGAAAGAGAUGUGGAAGGUUUUGUUCAGUGUGUCUGGAGUUGACCUCACCAAGAAAGAUGCUCAGACCCGUACCAUUGAACUUGUGAAGGCUUAUGCUGAGUCCAACCAGGUGCUGGAGCUUUUCAAGAAUCUCUAUUCCAUGAGCGGCGUGAAUCUCAUGAAAUCGGAAGCCCAAGCUAAGAGCCUUGAGCUGGGAAAGCUGGGUUGUGAUCCUGUGGCCUUGUUGAACUCCUUCAAGGCAGCGCAGGGGAGCACUACACAGCGAUUGGAUCAGGCGACUGAUUCUGCAAUUCGGGCCAACCUGAAUGGAGAGGCAAGGCGCUAUGCAAAGGAUGGAACCAUUUACAAUGCCAAGGAGUUUCAAGACUACUAUCACGCUGAUUACAAGAAGGAGUGGGCGAAUGGAGUCUUGGAAAUGAAGAUCGCACCGGAUGGCAAGGCCUACACCGCAAGCCACUUCCGCAUCUACUUCGGUGGAGCUUGGGAGGAGAAAUGGCAUUCGGCCGCUCCAGCCACCCAACAGCGCUUGGCGGAAGAUGGCAAGGUGUACAGCUUGUCAGAGUUCGUUGACUUUUACAAGGAUGAUUGGCAAGCCAAAUGGAAAGCUGCUCCAGAGUUGCCUUGCAAGGAAUGCCGUUCACAACUUCAGAUGGUGGUUUGA